CCGCCCCCUACCCCGAGCGUUGCUCGCCCGGCCUCCGGGUCUCGCCGGCUCUCGGGCCCGCCCCCGAAGACGUGGAGCGCCGCGGCGGCCGCCAGGUUGUCAAAGAUGAAAGUGACCUUAUCAGCCCUGGAUACUCAUGAGAGUUCUUUCACGCCUUUGGUGGUCAUAGAACUUGCUCAGGAUGUCAAGGAAGAAACCAAAGAAUGGCUGAAAAACAGAAUUAUCUCUAAAAAGAAAGAUGGAGGUGCCCAGCUGUUGUUUAGACCGUUGCUAAAUAAAUAUGAGAAAGAAACGCUAGAAAAUCAGAACUUGUAUCUUGUGGGUGCCUCGAAGAUUAGAUUGUUAUUGGGAGCAGAAGCAGUGGGGCUGGUGAAAGAGUGCAAUGAUAACACCAUGAGAGCCUUCACGUAUGGAACCCGGCAUACCUUCAAAGGUUUUGAUGAUGAUAAUGAUGAUUUCCUCACAAUGGCAGAAUGUCAAUUCAUUAUCAAACAUGAACUUGAAAAUCUUAGAGCCAGAGAUGAAAAAAUGAUUCCUGGUUACCCUCAGGCAAAGUUAUACCCAGGGAAAUCAUUGUUGAGGAGACUGCUCACAUCUGGCAUCGUGAUUCAGGUGUUUCCCCUGCAUGACAACGAAGCCCUGAAGAAGCUUGAGGACUCCUGGUACACUCGGUUUACCAUAAAGUGUCAGCCCACAGACAGCAUUCGUGGCUACUUUGGAGAAACAAUUGCUCUUUACUUUGGAUUUUUGGAGUAUUUCACUUUUGCCUUAAUCCCGAUGGCAGUCAUCGGGUUACCUUACUACCUGUUUGUGUGGGAGGACUAUGACAAGUAUGUGAUCUUCGCCUCGUUCAACCUGAUCUGGUCCACGGUGAUCCUGGAAGUGUGGAAGCGUGGUUGUGCCAGUAUGACCUACAGGUGGGGGACCCUGGUCAUGAAGAGACAGUUUGAGGAGCCCCGGCCCGGGUAUCAUGGGGUUCUGGGCAUCAAUCCCGUCACCGGCAGGGAGGAGCCUCUGUACCCCAGCUACAAGAGACAGUUGCGCAUCUACCUGGUCUCCCUGCCAUUUGUGUGCCUCUGCCUCUAUUUCUCUCUGUUUGUCAUGAUGAUUUACUUCGACAUGGAAGCCUGGGCCUUGGGUCUCCAUGAGAGCAGCGGGUCCGAGUGGACCGGCAUCUUGUUGUAUGUACCCAGCAUCAUCUAUGCCAUCGUGAUUGAGAUCAUGAACCGCCUCUACCGAUACGCUGCCGAGUUUUUAACUUCAUGGGAGAAUCACAGAUUGGAAUCUGCCUACCAGAAUCACCUAAUUCUGAAAGUCUUAGUGUUCAACUUUCUAAAUUGCUUUGCCUCACUCUUCUACAUUGCCUUUGUCCUGAGAGAUAUGAAGCUUUUACGUCAGAGCUUGGCCACUCUCCUGAUCACAUCCCAGAUCCUUAACCAGGUUGUGGAAUCUCUUCUUCCUUAUUGGCUCCAAAGGAAACACCACAUGCAGGUGAAGAGGAAGGUGCAGGCUUUAAAGGCAGACAUCGAUGCGACAUUAUAUGAGCAAGUCGUUCUGGAAAAGGAAAUGGGAACCUACUUGGGCACUUUUGAUGAUUACUUGGAGUUAUUCCUGCAGUUUGGUUACGUGAGCCUUUUCUCCUGUGUUUACCCGUUAGCUGCCACCUUCGCCGUGUUAAAUAAUCUCACCGAAGUUAAUUCAGAUGCCUUAAAAAUGUGCAGGGUCUUCAAACGUCCGUUCGCAGAACCUUCAGCCAGUAUUGGUGUAUGGCAGUUGGCUUUUGAAACAAUGAGUGUUAUAUCUGUGGUCACUAACUGUGCUCUAAUUGGAAUGUCACCGCAAGUGAAUGCACUCUUUCCAGAGUCAAAAGCGGACCUCAUUUUGAUUGUAGUAGCAGUGGAGCAUGCACUCCUGGCUUUUAAGUUCAUCCUUGCAUUUGCCAUACCUGAUAAGCCGCGACACAUCCAGAUGAAACUGGCCAGAUUGGAAUUUGAAUCUCUGGAAGCACUCAAGCAGCAGCAGGUAAAGCUCGCAACCGAGAACCUGAAGGAGGAAUGGAGGGAAGGUGAGAAAGAAAAGGCGCCCUGAGUGUAGGUGGACGGGGAACCUGGCCAGAAAGCUCUGCGGGGUCCUGGCCAUCCCCAAGCGCCACUCCAGCUGCCUGACCUGCCUCUGGCACCACUGCUGCCACAGCCUCACCCAUGGAUGGACCACCAGCUCCCCAUGUUCCCUGCACGGUGACUGCACACCCCGGGGGUGGGGGUGGGGUGGGUGGGCGUGUGCCCUCCCAGGAGCCCCCAGUGAGUGACGGGAGCAGUGUUUCCAGCACUCCACAACUUGAGAUGCGUCUUUCCUGGUUCUGUUUUGCAAUGUUACCAGACCCUUUGUCACAGAAGCAGCGGUAGCCGAGCUAUUAAAGGCCACGUGCACCUCUGA